AUACGCUUAUUCACGCGAUAAUAUGGUAUUUGUUAAUGUUGGUAACGCCCAUUGCCCAUCUCGUUCUGCUGUAGAAUAUUCUCGAAACCACAGAAAGUUGAAGGAAGUGAUGUGAAGAACACAGUCAUAUUUAAAAGGAUAUCUCCAUAUUAUUUCUUGUUUGUAAUACGACUAAAGGCCCAACCUGGGAUAGCCUGUAAUAUAAUAUGAGCGGCGUCUCCUCCAUAUGCGAAGACGAGAACACAAAAACACAAGCACUGAACAGUCUGAAGCCAGGAGAGGAAAACGUUCCUAGCAGUACGAUGCUGACCCACAACUGGCCCACGAUUGGCAGCCACCGAACCCCACUUGUGCCGGAGGAUUUCAACUUUCAGAACCGCACCGCGGAGGAUUGCUUAAUGUCGGGAGACCCUCGUUUGAAUGCACAGCUGCUCACAAAGCGUUCGGAAUUAAACGGGAUUCCCAAUAAUUUGUGUUAUGGGAAUAAUAGAAAACGUCAACACAGUGAUGUUGGAGUGAUAGGACGGAACUGUAAAAUUAUUAAGAGUAACACCGUCUCGUCGUCUCGUUAUGUGAGCUGUGAAAGACGCUACGAAAGAAAGCAUAAGAGGGAACACGAUGAAGAGACUGCCAUUCCCAGGAAGAGACGAGCUACAGCAGAGAUGGUGACCACCUCUUACCAAGCUCCCUCCUUUCUCCCUGAGGGUGUGGCCCCUCAGCACUGCUGGGGAGACCUCAGUGCCAGCCCCCAGGAACCUGCAGAGCUGGAGGGGCAGGCAGCCCACAUAGAGGUGGAGGGGAGGGAGAGUGUGAAGCAGUGGGGGGCAGCACACAGGAGACUGCAGGAGAUUGAAGACAGUAUAAUUGUGGAGGAUGAUGACGAGGACUUAGAAACUGAAAGCACGAAUUCCAGCUUCCCUGUGCUGGUCAUGUCGGACACCCUUCGGGAAGGACUGAAACAGGGACUCGGGGACGUGAUACCACGGAAAAUAGCACAGUCCCUGAACCACUCUUGUAUGGAGAUGGUGAUAUGGAGACCCCCAGAGGAUGUUCUGUGCAGCAAACAGAGAGAAACAAUGGAGAGGCUCAGGCACAGUACAGACUCCAGUCCUGUAGCAGGGACUCCGGUGUUGAAGGAUGGGGAUAGUGAGCUCCAGCAACACCCUGCACAGACCCCAGUGUACAGAGACCUCAGCCAGCACAGCUGCACCGAGGAGGACAUGGAGCUUUAGGCUACAGCUUCAGGCAACGUCAUGCAAGGUACCCUUAUUUUAAACAUACUAUUGAGUCGUUAUAAAGGGUGAUUCAUAAACAUUACACCAUAGGGGAUAAAAAAAAAAACACAGAUACAGAUCUUUUGUUUCAGGCUUACAAAUAGUCAUGGCAGACAGGAAGACCUGUAUUGUCGCUGAAACUUAGUGUUCAGGUGCAAGUCAAGACCCCUUCCAUGUGUAGAGUCCAGACAGGUCAGAGCCGUUAAUCAACACUGUGUUUUACAAUUCUACAGUGAGACACUUAUUUUAAAUAGGGAUAGUUACCCUGAAUACCAAGACAACUGUAUUAAUUUAAAAAGUUUGUGUUUUGAAGAAACUCUUGUCCAGUUGAAAUGAUUGUCUGCUGGGUUAUGUUCUUUUCCAUGCAGACUGUCGUAUGUAUUCUCUUUCUUCGUACAUUUCAGUGCUUAUGUAAGGUGAGGACCAGUUGCACUGGCUACAGUCAGACACAGUGCUGGCAGGCGACGCAGUCCGAGCCACUCAAGCAGACAAUGCCAGUUGUCCAGAAUUGUGCCAAAUUCAAUGGUGGUAUUGUGAAGUACACCUCCAUACUCAAGCACAGACCAAAAGUUAUUGCAAUGUUGUAUAUAUUGCAGUAAUCUGUCGCAUAUCCAACUGCGGUGGGACUAGAGUAAUGGCGGAUAUGUAAAAAGCUGGAUGAAUGAAUCCUGUUUUAAAUACCAUUAUACACACCUGUAACAAUUAUUAUAUUCACACAAUUAUUGUUUUGAGAUUCAGCUUUUAUUAGGGAGCUGCCCUAAAUCCCUUGUUUAGAAAGAUACAGGGUGACAGAGUAGGCGUCUUCCGUGCAGGUGUGUGCAUUUGCUGCUGAGUGACAGACGAACAGGAUUUAUUUACAUGUCAACACACUGAACAGCUCACGAGACACUGCAAGCAACAGUAGAGCAGAGUACAUACAACACAGUGUACGGGAUCUACAAUAUCAACUAAUCUUCUCUGUUCAGUAAUAAACUAACGUUGCUGAAGCAGUUGAUCGUGGCGGAUAAAUGGUUAGGGCAGAUAUAUGACGGAUUUCUGUAUAUAUUUCUUUCAUUUGUGCUUGUAAAUAAAGCAUUAUAAAACCUUUUACUUGUAUCUUUACUUUGACUUGUAAAUAAUUCCCAAAGGUACUUGGCCUUGGCAGAGCAAAAUGUCUAGGGUCAGUCGGUGUAUGUAAUGAAAGAAACUGCAGGCAGCACCGUAAAUUGAGCAUUUUUUUAGGCAAGGUUAUAUAUACGUGUGUGUUGAGUAAACUAAACACUGUACAACUGGAUUAAAAAGUCAUUUUUAGGUUCUGCAUCCAAAGCAGAAUAUCGCUUGCAUAUUUUGCCUGUAGUUAGUGCAAGAAUCCACCUUGGAAAGCAGCUGCGAGUUUGGAGUCUUGUAUAAAUCCCAUGGAAAAGCAGUUAUGUGUUUUGUAAUAUAGAUGCCUCACUUUUGUUUGGGCGUUUUUGUUAUUCUGUCAUUUUAAGCAUGUGAAAUAUGAACCGAAGUGAAGUGUUCUGUUAAAACAGGGGCAUUCGAUAAGGUUUUUUUAUGGCAAGCUGUUGUAAACAAUUAAAGUUUGUAGACACUUAUUUUUUGUAAUAAAAGCUGUUGCAACCUA